AUGCCAGCCGCGAAGAGAGACGUUCGUGGCACCGUUUGGUUCGGACGAACUAGGUCGUCUGUGGCCUCUACGCAACAUGCAGCUACGAGCACUGCCUCGGAUCAUGUCCCAAACAACCAGACGCUCAGUCAUGCCACUUCCGGGCUGACUGGUCUACCGCCACAGCCGUCCGCUCCCAAUCCGGCUCCCCGCGAAAUCCUAGUACAAAAUCCUUGGGAAGUAUAUGAACCUCGUGCCUGCAUCUACUAUGGGCAAAUCAUGGUGCUGGCUAGGCAUCGAAAGAAUAAGGCCAGCUUAGUUCACAUCCAGAUGCAGGCCGUGGAGCGAUCGGCAAUAGAUAUAUGUGUCCAGAUGAUCGAUCGGCUUGCUCAUCGCAGCAUCCCGCGCCUGCUAGAUGUUUUCCAGUAUGCAGAUCGAUUUCUUCUCGUGUGGGAGCCAUUCGAGUGCACUCUCCACCAGGCUUUAGUGUUGAGUUGCCACAUCGCCGAAAGUGAUGUGGCCCAGAUAUUGUGGCCUGUGUUAAAGUGCCUUCAGUUCUUACGCGGUCAAUCGAGGGAGCUAGCCAGCCUGACUCCUCGAGAUAUCUUGUUCACCGAGGAGGGUGAAAUAAAGAUUGCCGGUAUCGAGAACAGUCGCCAAGUCGACCCUUCCCGUGCCGACGCAAUGGCUUCUACGUUCAAUGCUCUCCGCCAGGAGAUCCGAAGCUUUAAAUCGGCGCUGGCCAAGAGCACCUCGGCGCGAUGCUUGGAUAAUCUAGUGCAACACACCUUUUUCGGGCAAGUGACCGGGGAGGGAGGCCUCAAAAUACUAGUAGAGUUGGUGAACAGAACCAUUUUCCACGAAAUCACCGGCAACUAAUCUUCUCUCAAUAUUCCUGGUUAGGGUCCGACGGAAGAACGACCGUUGGAAGUUUAUUGGGCAAAAUCUGCAUAAGCCUUCGGAUGAAGGAUCUGGUGACAAUAUUGUAACAUAACGGGAGAAAUUGAG